CAGUCGCAUCCAUGCAAGUGCUUGCCAACAUCAAAGACACGACACAAUCCCAGCCACCCGGCUCUCAUAUAGUUCGUCCACAGUUCUUCAGACGGAAAGUGUAGGCGAUGUGCUCCCGGACCACGAGCUGAAGCUCGUCCGCCGACACGCAGCACGCGCGAAUCCCAUAUCCCCCACCCAUCAAAUUCGAUGCCGUCGCAGAGAGUCGGCUUACCCAUCCAUACUCUUUCGCCCCGAAUCAUGUAAUACGCCAUGUCCAAUCCUUCCGAUCCGCCAUCAGAGGGCGGAGCGAACUCCCGUGCGCUCAUAGCCAGCAUACUGUCAGUCUUCCUGAUAUCCAUUGCCGCCACGGCCUAUGUAGCGCACAGGAGCUCCCGCUUCGAGCCCAUCAGGGAGGCCGUGCGCAUCCGCAUGGCAGGCUUUCGUUUCUCGCGAGGCUUGGAUCCGGACUUGAUUGCUCGCAUCCCGGUCGUCAAGUAUCACCACGACGGCGCUACGGCGGCGGCCCCCAAGGACCCGUCCGAGGUGCCAACGCAUCGCCACCGAGAGACAAUCAGCCGAGGGGGUUCCGCGGCUAGGGGAGUGACGACAACGACGCCAUCGAGUUUCUGGUCACAGGUGCACAAGACUCUCAGCCGCAUCGUAUCGGGCAAGUCAGGCGGCAAGGACGGCUCCUCGGCUGCAAGAGAGGUUCCAUCGAGUUGUUCCAUCUGCACCGAAGAUUUCGUCGAAGGUGACGAGCUCCGAAGACUCACAUGCGGUCACCUAUUCCACAUGCCGUGCAUCGAUCCGUGGCUACAGGACCGCGCCCGGACUUGUCCUCUGUGGUAAUGCGAUCCUCCAUCAGAACUCUUGCUUCCCGCGAGCGAAAGCUUGACUGCUAACACGACUCAAUCUCGACAUUGCAAGUCGGGUCGAUUUGGAGGCACAGCUCGCCUUGGAUGACCUGCCGAAGCCGUCGAGGGCCAAGAGGCUGAUGACCCACAGGACAACACAGUAGAAGUCUAUAUCGCUCAGGUUACCACGCGAAUCUGGACACACAUUCCAACAGCACGUCGCACUAAUAGGCUUCGGUUAUUCAACAGAGUCGGUGCAAGCAAGCGCGAGGAAACGGCAGGCAAACCGGUACAUAGCACCUUGGCGUUGAGUGUUUGGAGUUUCGAAGCGACAGCGUGCAAUUUUCUCGCAACACAUGGUUCUGGAACUUCGUCUCGCGGCGGCUUCUUCCACCGGAAUUAAUGACCCUGUGAGCGAACGGUGUCGGGCGUGGGGUACAGGAAGGCACCGGCUGCUUUGUUUGUAUGAAG